AUGGCGUCUAUCAUUCGCCGUAAGGAGGCCACCCACGGGGUUGAUCAUGAAUGGAGGUCUAGAACCACGCUGGCUUUCUCAAGCUCGAAAAAAGAAAUAGAGCACUCGAAAACGAGGACCAAGCUCGUCCACGAGGAUCCGGGUCGGCACGGUGCGGGUACGGUGCGGAACUCUAGAAAGGGGUUCCGGCCGUUUAGCUGGAUAUUCCGGAGAACAGAGCGGGUAAAUCGUGAAAACGAUAAUAUUCGGGAGAUUGGGCAGACCACAGAAGAGGUUUCGGUCGAGGAGCCGAGCUAG